AUAUUGUACUUGUUUGCUGUUCGUGUCCUGAGGGCCUGGCAUAGAAUAGGCCCUCCUUCAAUGGCUGCCGGAUUGUAGAAAGGGAUAGCCAAUGGCUAGAAGGAAGUGACACAUAUAGCAAGAUGUGGAUGCCUUGGAACUGUGGCGAUUGAAGAGGCAAGCGGGCAUCUCCUCUCAGUCUUCAGUGUGAUUUGGAUUUACUUCAAGAUAACUGGAAGGAUUGAUGCAGUCACAGUCUUCGUAAAAGACAGAAAAAAUUAGAACUGCAGUUUUGUACUUGCUCACGAGAGCUAACUCCAGUAUGCUCAAAAGGAAGCAGAGCUCCAGGGUGGAGGCCCAGCCAGUUGCUGACUUUGGUCCGGAUGAAUCUCUGUCAGACAACGCUGACAUACUCUGGAUUAACAAGCCAUGGGUUCACUCCUUGCUACGCAUCUGUGCCAUCAUCAGCGUUAUCUCUGUCUGUAUGAACACGCCCAUGACAUUCGAACACUACCCCCCUCUUCAGUAUGUGACUUUCACUCUGGAUACUUUGUUGAUGUUUCUCUACACCGCGGAGAUGAUAGCAAAAAUGCACAUCCGGGGUAUUGUCAAGGGGGAUAGUUCCUAUGUGAAAGAUCGCUGGUGUGUUUUUGAUGGAUUUAUGGUCUUCUGCCUUUGGGUUUCAUUGGUAUUGCAGGUAUUUGAAAUUGCUGAUAUAGUUGACCAGAUGUCACCUUGGGGCAUGUUGCGGAUUCCACGGCCACUAAUUAUGAUUCGGGCAUUCCGGAUUUAUUUCCGAUUUGAACUACCAAGGACCAGAAUUACAAACAUUUUAAAGCGAUCAGGAGAACAAAUAUGGAGCGUUUCGAUUUUCCUACUUUUCUUUCUACUUCUUUAUGGAAUUUUAGGAGUUCAGAUGUUUGGAACAUUUACCUAUCACUGUGUAGUAAAUGACACGAAACCAGGAAAUGUAACCUGGAAUAGCUUAGCUAUCCCAGAUACACAUUGCUCACCAGAGCUGGAGGAAGGCUACCAGUGCCCCCCGGGAUUUAAAUGCAUGGACCUCGAAGACCUGGGACUUAGCAGGCAAGAGCUGGGCUACAGUGGCUUUAAUGAGAUAGGCACCAGCAUAUUCACCGUCUAUGAGGCUGCAUCCCAGGAGGGCUGGGUAUUCCUCAUGUACAGAGCCAUUGACAGCUUCCCCCGCUGGCGGUCCUACUUCUACUUCAUCACGCUCAUAUUCUUCCUGGCCUGGCUUGUGAAGAACGUGUUCAUUGCUGUCAUCAUUGAAACAUUUGCAGAAAUCAGGGUACAGUUUCAGCAGAUGUGGGGAUCGAGAAGCAGCACCACUUCAACAGCCACCACACAGAUGUUCCAUGAAGACGCUGCUGGUGGAUGGCAGCUGGUAGCCGUGGAUGUCAACAAGCCCCAGGGACGCGCCCCAGCCUGCCUCCAGCAAAUGAUGCGGUCAUCAGUUUUCCACAUGUUCAUUCUGAGCAUGGUGACGGUGGAUGUGAUAGUUGCUGCCAGCAACUACCACAAAGGGGAAAGCUUCAGGAGGCAGUACGACGAGUUCUAUCUCGCAGAGGUGGCUUUUACAGUACUUUUUGAUUUGGAAGCACUUCUGAAGAUAUGGUGUUUGGGAUUUACUGGAUAUAUUAGCUCAUCUCUCCACAAAUUUGAGCUACUGCUAGUAAUUGGAACUACUCUUCAUGUAUAUCCAGAUCUUUAUCAUUCUCAGUUCACAUACUUUCAGGUUCUUCGGGUAGUUCGACUUAUUAAGAUUUCACCUGCAUUAGAAGACUUUGUGUACAAGAUAUUUGGUCCUGGAAAAAAGCUUGGGAGUUUGGUCGUAUUUACUGCCAGCCUCUUGAUUGUUAUGUCAGCAAUUAGUCUUCAGAUGUUCUGCUUUGUUGAAGAACUGGACAGGUUUACAACGUUUCCAAGGGCGUUUAUGUCCAUGUUCCAGAUCCUCACCCAGGAAGGAUGGGUAGACGUAAUGGACCAAACCCUAAAUGCUGUGGGACACAUGUGGGCACCUGUGGUAGCCAUCUAUUUCAUUCUCUAUCACCUCUUUGCCACUCUGAUCCUCCUGAGUUUGUUUGUUGCUGUUAUUUUGGACAACUUAGAACUUGAUGAAGAUCUUAAGAAGCUUAAACAAUUAAAGCAAAGUGAAGCCAAUGCAGACACCAAAGAGAAGCUCCCUUUGCGACUUCGAAUCUUUGAAAAAUUUCCAAACAGACCGCAAAUGGUGAAAAUCUCAAAGCUUCCUUCAGAUUUUACAGUUCCUAAAAUCAGGGAGAGUUUCAUGAAGCAGUUCAUCGAUCGCCAGCAACAGGACACCUGCUGCCUGUUACGGAGCCUCCCUUCCACCUCUUCCUCGUCCUGCGAUCACUCCAAACGGUCCGCAAUAGAAGACAACAAAUACAUUGACCAAAAACUUCGCAAGUCUGUCUUCAGCAUCAGGGCAAGGAAUCUUCUAGAAAAAGAGACUGCAGUCACUAAAAUCUUAAGCAAGAGGCCAUUACAGAGGAGCUCACCUGUUAAUGUCCGCUGUUGUCUUCACUUUGGAGGACCUCAUUGUCACUCUCCCGGAGGCAGAGCUUGCACUCGACAGCGCAUGCUGAGCGGAUCAUUUGAGGGGCAGCCAGCAAAGGAAAGGUCAAUUCUCAGUGUGCAGCAUCAUAUCCGCCAAGAGCGCAGAUCACUAAGACAUGGAUCCAACAGCCAGAGGAUCAGCAGGGGGAAAUCUCUUGAAACCCUGACUCAAGAUCAUUCCAAUACAGUGAGAUAUAGAAAUGCACAAAGAGAAGACAGUGAAAUAAAGAUGAUCCAGGAAAAAAAGGAACAAGCGGAAAUGAAAAGGAAAGUGCAGGAAGAGGAGCUGAGAGAGAAUCACCCAUACUUCGACAAGCCACUGUUCAUAGUUGGACGGGAGCACAGGUUCAGAAACUUCUGCCGGGUGGUGGUCCGGGCACGCUUCAAUGCAUCUAAAACAGAUCCUGUCACAGGAGCUGUGAAAAAUACAAAGUACCAUCAACUUUAUGAUUUGCUGGGAUUGGUGACUUACCUGGACUGGGUCAUGAUCAUCGUAACCAUCUGUUCCUGCAUUUCUAUGAUGUUUGAGUCCCCCUUUCGAAGAGUCAUGCAUGCCCCGACUUUGCAGAUUGCUGAGUACGUGUUUGUGAUAUUCAUGAGUAUCGAGCUUAAUCUGAAGAUUAUGGCAGAUGGCUUAUUUUUCACUCCAACUGCUGUCAUCAGGGACUUUGGUGGAGUCAUGGACAUAUUUAUAUAUCUUGUGAGUUUGAUAUUUCUUUGUUGGAUGCCUCAAAAUGUGCCUGCUGAAUCAGGAGCUCAACUUUUAAUGGUUCUUCGGUGCCUGAGACCUCUGCGGAUAUUCAAACUGGUGCCCCAGAUGAGGAAAGUUGUUCGAGAACUUUUCAGCGGCUUCAAGGAAAUUUUCUUGGUCUCCAUUCUUUUGCUGACAUUAAUGCUUGUUUUUGCAAGCUUCGGAGUUCAGCUUUUUGCGGGAAAACUGGCAAAGUGCAAUGAUCCUAACAUUAUUAGAAGGGAGGAUUGUAACGGCAUAUUCAGAAUUAACGUAAGCGUGUCCAAGAACUUAAAUUUAAAAUUAAGACCUGGAGAGAAAAAGCCUGGAUUUUGGGUGCCCCGUGUUUGGGCAAAUCCUCGGAAUUUUAAUUUUGACAAUGUGGGAAAUGCCAUGCUGGCAUUGUUUGAAGUUCUGUCCCUGAAAGGCUGGGUGGAAGUGAGGGAUGUUAUUAUUCAUCGUGUGGGGCCGAUGCACGGGAUCUACAUUCAUGUGUUUGUAUUCCUGGGUUGCAUGAUUGGACUGACCCUUUUUGUUGGAGUAGUUAUUGCUAAUUUCAAUGAAAACAAGGGGACAGCUCUGCUGACUGUAGAUCAGAGAAGAUGGGAAGAUCUGAAGAGCCGACUGAAGAUAGCACAGCCUCUUCAUCUCCCACCUCGCCCGGAUAAUGAUGGUUUUAGAGCUAAGAUGUAUGACAUUACCCAGCAUCCAUUCUUUAAGAGGACAAUUGCAUUGCUUGUCCUGGCCCAGUCAGUGCUGCUGUCCGUCAAGUGGGAUGUGGAGGACCCAGUGACCGUUCCUUUGGCAACAAUGUCAGUUGUUUUCACCUUCAUCUUUGUUCUAGAGGUUACAAUGAAGAUCAUAGCAAUGUCACCUGCCGGCUUCUGGCAAAGCAGAAGAAACCGAUACGAUCUGCUGGUGACAUCGCUUGGCGUGGUCUGGGUGGUACUUCACUUUGCCCUCCUGAACGCGUAUACCUACAUGAUGGGCGCCUGCGUGAUUGUCUUCCGGUUUUUCUCUAUCUGUGGAAAGCAUGUAACACUAAAGAUGCUUCUCCUGACGGUGGUCGUCAGCAUGUACAAAAGCUUCUUUAUCAUAGUGGGAAUGUUUCUACUGCUAUUGUGUUAUGCUUUUGCUGGAGUUGUUUUAUUUGGUACUGUGAAGUAUGGAGAGAACAUUAACAGGCAUGCAAACUUUUCCUCAGCUGGCAAAGCCAUCACCGUACUGUUCCGAAUCGUCACAGGCGAAGACUGGAAUAAGAUUAUGCAUGACUGUAUGGUCCAGCCUCCCUUUUGUACUCCAGAUGAAUUCACAUACUGGGCAACAGACUGCGGAAAUUACGCUGGGGCACUUAUGUAUUUCUGUUCAUUUUAUGUCAUCAUUGCCUACAUCAUGCUAAAUCUGCUUGUAGCCAUCAUUGUGGAGAACUUCUCCUUGUUUUAUUCCACGGAGGAGGACCAGCUUCUAAGUUACAACGAUCUUCGCCACUUUCAAAUCAUAUGGAAUAUGGUGGAUGAUAAACGAGAGGGGGUGAUUCCGACUUUCCGUGUGAAGUUCCUGCUGAGGCUCCUGCGGGGGAGGCUGGAGGUGGAUCUCGACAAAGACAAACUUCUGUUUAAGCACAUGUGCUAUGAAAUGGAGAGACUGCAUAAUGGCGGGGACGUCACUUUCCAUGAUGUCCUAAGCAUGCUGUCCUACAGGUCGGUUGACAUCCGGAAGAGCUUGCAGCUGGAGGAGCUGCUGGCCAGGGAGCAGCUGGAGUACACCAUCGAGGAGGAGGUAGCCAAGCAGACCAUCCGCAUGUGGCUGAAAAAGUGUUUAAAGCGCAUCAGAGCUAAACAGCAGCAGUCAUGCAGCAUCAUCCACAGUCUGAGGGAGAGCCAACAGCAGGAGCUGAGCCGGUUCCUCAAUCCCCCCAGUAUCGAGACCACCCAGCCCAGUGAGGACAUGAAUGCUAACAGUCAGGAUAAUAAUAUGCAACCUGAGACCAGCAGCCAGCAGCAGCUUCUGAGCCCCACGCUGUCGGACAGAGGGGGCAGUCGGCAGGACUCCACAGACCCCGGAAAACCCCAAAGGAAGUUCGGGCAGUGGCGGCUGCCCUCAGCACCAAAACCAAUAAGCCACUCAGUGUCUUCGGUCAACUUACGAUUUGCAGGGCGCACAACAAUGAAAUCCGUAGUGUGCAAAAUGAACCCCAUGACCGACACGGCGUCGUGUGGCUCCGAGGUGAAGAAGUGGUGGACCCGGCAGCUGACGGUGGAGAGCGAUGAAAGCAGCGAUGACCUUCUGGACGUUUAGGUGGAAUUAGCGCAGUGCAAGGUUUAAUGGGGAGCACUGUUUUCUAGCAUUUUCCUCCUAUGGUCUAACAGGGACCAUGGACCAUGGACCAUGGCGAGCAGUCUAUACUUAAGAUAUCAUUU